CACCGACGGAAAGCAAGCUUGCCAACGCGUGGCCAUCUGUUAUUCAUAUGGCAGCAUGCUAUCAAGUUUAGAGAUGGCACACUUUUCACUUUCUAUUGUCGUGUGUGAUAUAGCUAGCUAUGUAGUUCCUAUAGCUAGUUAGUGCUUGGUAGUGUAACGUUACUGCUGUUGUUUUUUGUCUGUAGUGAUUGUUUUAGCUAACUUAAGCUUGUUAGCUAACGUUAGGGGAAAUGGCAGAGUUACUGCAAAGAUGUAACGUUUUGAAAUUUGGUUGGCGACUCCUGAAGUCAAGUCACGCAGGAGCAGGCAAACGACUGUAUAUCUCAUCACAGAGUUCCAGCAAUGGCCACAACUUCUUCGGGCUUCUCUUCGACAUCGAUGGGGUGCUAGUGCGGGGCCGCACACCCAUCCCUGCAGCCAAACAGAUCUUUAGGAGCUUGGUGGACAGGAAGGGGAAGUACAAAGUGCCUGUGGUGUUUGUGACCAACGCAGGGAACUCUAUGAGGCAGACCAAAGCUGAACAACUGUCGCACCUGCUGGAAGUGGAGGUGUCUCCAGACCAGGUGAUGUUGUCCCAUAGUCCUUUGCGUAUGUUCAGUCAGUAUCACAACAUGUGUGUGCUGGUGUCAGGACAGGGCCCAGUGCUGGAGGUGGCUCACAAUCUGGGAUUUCAGAAUGUUGUGACCAUAGACAUGCUGAGGGAUGCCUAUCCGCUCCAGGACAUGGUGGAUCACAACAGAAGACCCAAAGACAUGGUUCCACCAAGUAAAGAUUUACCCCCGAUAGAAGCCAUCAUUCUAUUUGGUGAGCCAGUCAGAUGGGAGACCAACCUCCAGCUAAUAAUGGACGUGCUCUUAACCAAUGGGAAGCCUGGGAAUGCCCUGACAACACUGCAGUACCCUCACAUUCCAGUGUUGGCCUGUAACAUGGACCUGAUGUGGGUGGCUGAGGCCAAGAACCCCAGGUUUGGUCACGGUAUGUUUCUGGUGUGUCUGGAGAGUCUGUAUAAGAAGGUGACUGGCUGUGAGCUGAAGUAUGAAGCUCUGAUUGGAAAGCCCAGUGUGGUGACCUAUAACUAUGCUGAGCUGCUCAUCAGACAGCAGGCUGAGAGUCUGGGAUGGACUGAACCUGUGGAGAGACUCUACGCCAUUGGUGACAACCCCAUGGCAGACAUCUACGGUGCCAACCUCUAUAACCGCUACCUACAGUCCUGCCACCGCACCCGAGCCCUGAUGCAGCUCGGAGGGGGUGAGCCUCAGAGCCAACCCCUGGAGGACCCCCACGAAAUGACCUGUGCUGAGAUGGGAGGAGUUACAGGGGCAUACGGGGGCGAGGAGCCCCUCCCUGUGGGGUGCAGCUCCAUCCUGGUGUGUACAGGGGUGUACAGCCGGGACCAGCAGGAACUGCCCCCUGACCCCAGGCAUUCUGUUACAGAGCAUCGGAUCUUCCACGGUCACAGGGACUUCCGCUUUGACCCCAACCUGACCCAGCCAUCCUUCAUGGUGCAGGAUGUGAAGGAGGCUGUGGAGCUGGUGUUCCAGCAGGAGGGAUGGCCUCUGGAGUAGGGGCCCGAGUCUCAAUACUGCCCUGUCCCCUGGUCACAGCACUGCUCUGUCCCCUGGUCACAGCACUGCUUGCCAAGUCAAUUAACAGCAGCUCAAUGUCUGGGUCUCUGAGGCUUUGUUUACACAGGCAGCCCAAUUCUGAUUUAUUUUCUUAUCUUUUUCAGAGCUGAUCCGAUUGGUCAAAAGACAAAUGAGUGUCAAGAAAAUCUAAAUUGUGCUGCCUGUGUAAACAGCCUCUCUUUGGUUAGGACAGGGUCUAAUAGUUGACAUAGACCCCUCUGUGACCAAGAAACCUCUAAACGUCCUCCUCAACCGCCUCACUCGGCCAUGCUAGUACAGUCACUCAUACAGCGAAUUACAUCACACGUCUAGAAUGUCCGUGCACAUUGACCAUACUGUACUGCCAUUGAGAUUUCCCUAACUUUUACAAUUCUGUUACGUGUCCUGUUCUACGGAGUGUAGAAUGCUGACUAUACCUGCCAAGUUCCGUGCACGAGCAUUGCAAAAUGAAUGUAUGCAUGUUAUUCAAUAAUUUCAUCCAAACUGCACGCGGGUGUCUGCGUAGUCAGGUACUAAGAAUAGAACUUUCAACUCACUGAAUGUGAGGUUAACUAGGUUUCCCCUUUUGUGUUUUAAUUGUCGACUUUUGUAUUUCAAAUGUGUCAAUUCUACCAUGAUCCACAAAAAAAAAAUACCUCAUUUAUUUUUGCGUAAACUAACCCAAUAUUUAUUUCCCAGAACAAAUUGGCUAGCGAAAUGUUUCAUGUGUUUCGACCUGUCCCCAAAUGAAUAUAAUUGAUUUUGGUAUUUUAAUCUGCGUGUCAUGAACGCGUCUGGUGGGGAGAAACAAAAUCAACAUGUGCACGAUGAUGUAAUGCUGUCUGUUGUGGCUAUCAUGACUGUUUUUGGCUUGAUGAAUAAUAUUCUUAGUGGACUGAAUACAUAAAAUACACUGAUAGGCCAUUUUACUUUACUGUGAUGGGUUAGCUUUUACAAUAUAUUUGUCUGUCUGCCAUGCUAUCCAGACUUGUUACAGGAACAACUUCAUGCAAGUGACCAGUUUUAAGUCCAGGAAUGUUCUUUGAUGCAAGGCUAGUUGUUCCAUUUACCAUGAACUAAACAGGUGCUACAUAUCUGGCUGUGUUCAAGUAAGGUUUGUAGCGUCUUUCAAUAGCCAUUAGCAUGUGAAGGCAGGCCAUUGUGGGGAUGUAAAGCAUUUUGUGGUAUUUAAAAAAUAUAUAUUUUUAUGUGAUUGUUAUGGAGUGUUUUAUGCAGGGAUGUCAACAUUUUUAGCUAUGUUCAAUUGGUCAAAGGUUCUGAGGGAAAGAUGUGAUUGUGGAAUUGUCAUAAAUGCAACACUGUAUUUGACAAAUUGAAGGACAAUAAAGCUUUCACUGAAACCA